UGCAAUUCUUGCAUUUUAUUUAUUUUCAGUUAGUCAUUAGUUGUGAGUUAUGUUUGUGCGGGCCAAGAAUGGAAUAGAUAGUAUGACUAUAUCGGAUUUUGAUCUCGAGAGCAAGGGGGGUAUCGACCUGACCUGCAAAAAGAGAACAAAGGCGGGAUCCCUUACCUGCGAGGGAUUCAUUACCACGUAUCAUGAGUAUUGCGAGAACACAUCCAUCCACGGAGUCCAAUACCUCGGCGAGCGGGAACGACCUAUACGGGAGCGCAUCUUCUGGCUGUUCGUUUUCCUGAUCUCAAUAUACGGCUGCUCAACCUUAAUCCUCAGUGCCUACACCAAGUGGACCGAAACGCCUGUGAUUGUAAGCUUCGCGGAGAAAUCGACGCCCGUGUGGAACAUCCCGUUUCCAGCGGUCACUGUUUGCUCGGAGACCAAACGAGUGUUAAAGCAGAAAGGUAAGGAGACCACCUAUGCGGAUCUAUACAGCCAGUUCAGCGAGGAAAUGCGAGCCUCGCGGUUGUUUAAGCCCCAAAAUGUUAGUGCUCUGGAGAUGGAGGAGUUCCGCACCCUGCUGCACGUGUGCAACACGCAGAUCAUCGACGAGGACAUGCCCCUAAUAGCCGGCGACGACCUGGACUACUUCGACGUUUUGGAAAGGAUGCUUCCCCAGUUCGAUCGGUACUUCUUCUACUGCCGCUGGCUGAGCCGCUUUGGCGAGUGCGAGAAGUUCUUUCGAAAAACUCUAACGGAGGAGGGCAUCUGCUAUACCUUCAAUGGACUGAGGGCCACCGAGAUAUACCGGGAGGACACCUAUCAGUACCAACAUAGCGGGGCACCCCUGGAAAUGGAAAACAUAAGUUCGAGUCACCUGCCCUGGACCCUGGAAACGGGCUAUGCGCACGGCAGCGAUGUGGAAACCUUUCCGGCGAGGGUUUUGAGUGCUGGAGCGCGAUCCGGAAUCUUCCUGGCGCUCCAAAGCUUUAAGCAGGAAGUAGACUACGCGUGCCGAGGACCUGUACAGGGAUUUAAGGUUCUCCUUCAUGCCCCUGAUGAUGUGCCGCAGGUGUCCAAGCAAUUCGUCCGGAUUCCCAUGGGCAAGGAGGUGCUGAUCGCGGUGAAGCCUAGCAUGAUCACCAUGUCAUCGGGCAUCGCCGAGUACCAUCCGAUUCGGAGACAGUGCUUCCUCAGCCACGAGCGAUCGCUGCGCUUCUUCAAGGUGUACACCGAAUCAAACUGCCAGCUGGAGUGCCUGGCCAAUUUUACGCUGACCAAGUGUGGAUGCGUGAAGUUCUCGAUGCCAAGGAACAUGGAUAUGCCCGUGUGCGGUGAGGACAAGAUCCACUGCUACGACCGAGCGGAAAGGCAGCUGUUGGUCAGGGAGUUUGAACGGGUGAGGGCUCUGAAUGCCGGUCGAGAGGACUCGCGAGGCGUGGAAUCCGCCUGUAAUUGCAUGCCCGCUUGCACAUCGCUUGUCUACAACACAGAGAUCUCACAGGCCAACUUUGAUCUGGAGGAAAUGCUCCAGGCCGAGGGAGACACCGAGUUCCUGCAGGAAUAUCCCGGAUCCCAGAUGUCGCGUCUGUCCAUAUAUUUUAAACAAAGCCAGUUCAUCACUUCUAAGCGAUCGGAGCUGUACGGCAUGACCGAGUUCCUGGCCAAUUGUGGUGGUAUCUUCGGCUUGUUCAUGGGGUUCUCAAUUUUGAGCUUGGUGGAGAUGAUUUACCACUUUACCUUGCGUCUGUUCACCAAUCUAAAGCGGCUGGUCAAAGUGCAGUAAGAAACUGUUUCCAUUUUGUUUUCAUUAUUUAUUGGCCGCGUACGAUGA